AAAAGCCAAAUGAAAUCCUAAUUCCCAUCCUCUCAAAACAUUACCUGGAAAGAAGAACAAAAGAAAAGACGAGCGUCUGAUGCAGGCAGGCUUCGGUGUUUGCCAACAAAAGCUCCACUGCGGUAGUGCGCAGGAUAGGCACCCUGUGGCUCCGUAUCCCUGCCGUUCGUUUUGGUAAGUAGUGGUGGUGGUGGUGGUGGUGGAUGGGCCAGUCAACUUCGACCGCUGCUAUUUCAGGCCGCCGAGACGUUAGCUUGAGCCAUCGAUCGAAGUCUAAAUCAACGACUCUGAUUUCGACUAUGCACGAUGAUGAAGCAGAGGAGCCUAAUGGAAGUUUCGAUGGAUUAUCUGAUUAUAUAUCUGAUUUGCCUGACGAGUGCUUGGCUUGCAUUUUCCAGUCUCUCAGCACGACUGACCGGAAGCGAUGCUCUCUUGUUUGUCGGCGAUGGUUGAUGAUCGAGGGACAGAGCCGCCACCGGCUCUCGCUCAACGCCCAGUCAGAUCUGCUUGGUGUGAUCCCUUCUCUCUUCUCUCGAUUUGAUGCAGUGACUAAACUUGCGUUGAGAUGUGACCGUAGAUCUGUGAGUAUUGGCGACGAGGCCCUUGUUCUCAUCUCUCAACGCUGCCGCAACUUGACUCGGCUUAAGCUCCGAGCUUGCCGCGACUUGACCGAUGCAGGCAUGGCUGCUUUCGCUAAAAACUGCAAGGCCUUGAAGAAACUCUCCUGUGGAUCUUGUGCUUUUGGAGUCAAAGGCAUGAACGCGGUUCUUGAUAACUGCCCUGCUCUAGAGGAGCUCUCUGUCAAACGGCUCCGCGGUAUGACCGACGGAGCUGCGGCUGAACCUAUAGGGCCUGGCGUGGCGGCUGUCUCACUCCAAAGGAUUUGCCUGAAGGAGCUUUACAACGGACAGUGCUUUGGUCCUCUUAUUAUUGGUGCGAAGAAUCUGAGGACCUUGAAGCUUUUUAGGUGCACCGGUGACUGGGAUAAGCUUCUCCAAGUGAUAGCUGAUCGGGUCACGGGCAUGGUGGAGAUCCAUCUGGAACGAGUCCAGGUCAGUGACGUCGGUCUUGCGGCCAUCUCUAGCUGUUUGAAUCUGGAGAUUCUACAUCUUGUGAAGACGCCCGAGUGCACCAACGCGGGGCUCAAGUAUGUCGCCGAGCGGUGUAAAUUGUUAAGGAAGCUUCACGUCGAUGGAUGGAAAGCAAACCGGAUAGGGGACGAAGGAUUGAUUGCCAUCGCCAAAUGUUGCUCUAAUUUGCAAGAAUUGGUCCUCAUCAGUGUGAAUCCUACGAAAUUGAGCUUGGAAAUGUUGGCCUCUAAUUGUCGGAAUCUGGAGCGAUUAGCAUUGUGUGGUAGUGACACUGUUGGUGAUGUUGAGAUUUCGUGUAUUGCUGGCAAAUGUAUAGCUCUAAAGAAGCUCUGUAUAAAGAGUUGCCCAAUUUCUGAUCAGGGAAUGGAAGCUCUUGCAAGUGGUUGCCCUAAUUUGGUCAAAGUGAAGGUGAAGAAGUGCAGAGGAGUGACUUCAGAAGGUGCGGAUUGGUUAAGAGCAAAUAGGGAGUCUCUUGCGGUAAAUCUGGAUACUGGUGAACCAGAGCAUCAAGAUGCCAGUGCCAGUGAUGGAGGGGCGCAAGAUAAUGGUGUUGAAUUUCCUGCACUUGCUAAUCAAGUGGGUGCUGCAAGCAUUGCAUCCAGUAGCAAUGGUCGAUCAACCUCUUUUAAAUCGAGAUUAGGACUUCUGAGUGGUAGAGGUUUUGUGGCUUGCACUUUGAGGAGGUUGUCAAGUGGCAAUGGCAGAUAAGUAAGAAAGUCGCAAAGCAAAAGAAACUCUUGGUCUUGGUCCAGCACUAUUUUCAUUAUUUUAUGUUGCAUUUGUGGCAUCUGAUUCUGUUUUCUUGUGUUCAAUUGAAUGUUGUGUGCUGUUGAUUGCCUUUUGAAUUGAAUCUUCACUGCAAAAAGCGGGUUCAUUUGUAUUUUGUGUUUAGUUUCUGUUUCUUUAUUCAGCAAGCUGUCUUUCUUUCCUUUUUAUACAUGGAACAUCUUAAUGGAAUUUGAGAGAAUGAUACCUUGGUAAAUUUAGUUUAAAUUCUUGAAAUAUUGGCUCCUGAUUUUUUUCUGUUCUCUCACUGAUAUGAGGAUAGGGGUAUUUAUGGUACCAUAUCAAGGAAAUAUGCAUUAACAUGGUGUGUAUGGUAUUGAUUAAGUUUUCCAUUUUUGGUGUAUUUGUUACUCACUCUAUAGAUGCCUAUCAGGUCUAGCCAUAGUAAUUGAGGAGGCAGUGAUCUAUAUGUUGCCAUUCUUGAUGGAGAGGUUUUGUAUGUAAGAAAUUUUGAUUCACCCAUUCACCUAAGAGUCUCAGAGCCAUGCACUUUACAACUUCUAGCACCAAUCUUGGAGAAUCUACUUGAUCAUGUUAAUGGGGAGACAUGCACCCACAUAGAGCAUCU